AUGGCCUUGCAAAGGGAAGAGGCCACCGCAAAGCUCAUUUUGAAUUUUUCGGCAAAUACGCGUAAGGUGGCAAAGCAAAAGCAGACAAAAGGUUUCUUUGUUGCCCGAAAACGCUUACUGGAGGACUAUUGGGCGAGAUAUACCACUACGUAUGACGAAAUCUUGACCAUGGAGUCCACCAACGAAAAUGAGGCGAAGCUGGCACGUGUCUUAAGUGGAGAUUAUUUCGGCAACAUAGAGGCUGUUUACUGCGAAACUAUUGGUGAGCUCAAUGAUUGCAUUGAUGAGUUGACGGCUGCUAUUCAACCUGCCGCAAAUUCAACUCAGUCAAUAACCUAUGAAUCACAGCCGGCUUCGAUAGCCGCACCAAAAUCAAUUUUACCGAAAAUAGAACUUCCGAAGUUCGAAGGUACAUAUCAAGGGUGGCUGCAGUUUAAAGAUAUGUUCACUACAAUUGUAAUAAACGAUGCAGCACUCUCGAAUGUACAACGAUUACAUUACCUCAAAAGCUGUACUCAAGGUGAAGCGCAAAACCUGCUGAAAAAUAUACCGGUAACCGACAACAAUUUCCAAAUUGCUUGGGACAUUUUAACUAACCGAUUUGAUAACAAGAGGCGCCUUGUUAAAACAUUCUUACAAGAAAUAGUUCGAAUUCCACCUGCCCAAAGUGAGUCUGCAGCUUCGUUGCGUAAAAUCUUAGACAGUAUAGCUGAGGCUCUUCGCGCCCUUUGCCAACUGGGGUGUCCUACUUCGCAUUGGAACGACUGGCUUAUAUUUUUGGUUACAGAGAAACUGGAUCCAAUCACUAUAAGAGAUUGGGAAAUAUCACUUUCAUCCCCAAAUUAUAUUCCAAAAUACGACGAGUUGGUUAAGUUUCUCGAAGCUCGUAUCCAAGGCCUAGACACCAUGGUAGACAAAGCGAAUUCAAGGUCAGGGGACAACGUUGGUCGACGAAAUCCAUCUUCAACGCACCACUCAACCGGCAACGCGUCGCGUUGCAGCAGUUGCUCUGGAAAACAUGCUCUUAUGUUUUGUCCAGACUUUCGAAAACUCUCUUCGUCAUUAAAACUUAAUUUCGUCCAAAAAUCUAAGCUGUGCAUGAAUUGCUUAAAACCAGGGCAUGUGGUCAAAACAUGUUCAUCCACAUAUUUAUGUCAGAGGUGUCAACAAAAGCACCACACUAUGCUACACGACGGUCUACAAGCGCAAUCAGGCGUAGUCGCAUCCCAUCACUCACGUUCGUUUGAAGCUUCUAUAUCAAACCCGGGCCAAGUAGUGCUUGCUACAGCCCAGAUUGAGGUAAGUUCAGCGACUGGUCAUCGCAUGCGACUCAGGGCGCUAUUAGAUAGUGGCUCUCAAGCCUCAUUUAUCAGUGAGUUUGCUGCACAGCAGUUACACCUACGACGCACCCGACUUAAAGUGCCUGUUACGGGAAUAGGUUGCUCAUCGGUCGGAACGUCCACUGGUAUGGUCGAGAUUACCGUGCACUCUAUACGGAAAUCAGAUUUCAACAUUCGAUGUUCAGCCUUAAUACUGCCACAAUUAAGUCAGCAGCUACCGAGCUCUCCCAUGGAUCCCACUCAUUUCUCCAAUUUUAAAGAUCUAAGUCUUGCAGAUCCCCAAUUUUAUCAGCCCGGGUCCAUAGAUGUUAUUUUGGGGGCUGAUAUCUAUGGGCACCUUAUUUGUGGCGAGAUGCGGCAGACCACGACUGACGCUCUGUUCGCGUUACAUACACAACUAGGCUGGGUUAUUCUCGGACGCUAUCCGGAAUCAACGGACCAAUUAAGCGCAAAACUGUGUGCUUCAACAAUUACGGAGCUUGAUGAACUGGUUAAAGACUUAUGGGCCUUUAACUCGUGCGAAAAGGUGGAGUCGUCAUCAUGUCUGACUCUCGAUGAACAAUACUGUGAAGAGUUUUUCGAGCAAACCGUACGCCGGACCUGCUCCGGCCGAUAUAUCGUCCGCUACCCAUUUCGUGAACAAGCAAAUCUCUCCGUUCUUGCAGAUAGUAAGUUUGAUGCCGUGAAAAUUUUUCAUUAUCAGAAUAAGAACCUUGCAAAAGAUCCAUAUUUGAAAAAUCUGUACGAAGAAUUCUUGUCCGAAUAUUUACGCCUUGGACACAUGGAACCAGUUUACGAAGAGACAGAGCCAUCUAAUGUAUGCUACAUUCCACAUCAUGCGGUGUACAAAGAGUCCAGUUCAACUACCAAACUAAGAACAGUUUUCAACGCGUCGAGGAGAACCCGCUCUGGUGUUUCUUUAAAUGAUUGCCUACUUGUCGGUCCAAAGCUUCAAAAUGACUUGUCAUCGAUUAUACUAAGAUGGCGUAUGCACAGAAUUGCUUUUAUGGCUGACAUAGAAAAAUGCUUCAGGCAAAUUAUGGUAGAUCGUGAGGACGCUGAUAUGCAGCGGAUAGUUUGGAAAGACUCAGAAAACAACAUGUGCAUUUACCGCCUGCUUACUGUAACAUAUGGCUUGAAUUGUUCACCAUAUCUGACUAUAAAGGUUCUCCAUACCCUAGCCGAAGAUGAAGGUGGUGACUGUCCCCGAGCAGCUGCAACUCUGAAAGAAUGCUUCUAUGUGGACGAUUGCUUAAGUGGUACAGAUACGGUUGGAGAAGCUGUACAACUGCAGCAACAAGUCCAAGAAUUAUUACUUCGUGGUGGAUUUACCCUCCGAAAAUGGAACUCCAAUUCUUCGGACUUCUUACAAGGGAUAAGUGGUAAAAACUGUGGGCAUGACGAUUUGUGUGAUUUGAGCUUAGACCGUAAUACCAAAGCACUCGGUAUCUACUGGUCAUGCAACGAGGACGUCAUCGGGUACACUGCCAAAGAAAACCCAGUAUCUUCUAAAAUUACUAAGAGGCAGCAACUUUCCGACAUAGCAAGAGUUUAUGAUCCCACAUGUCUCCUGGCUCCGGUGAUUAUAACGGGAAAGCGUGUGUGUCAAGACUUGUGGCGACGUGGUUGUGCGUGGGAUGACCCACUACCUGAACCACUUCAAAGCGAAUGGCAGAGAUUUCGCAGGGAACUUCCUUUGAUCAACAAGAUCAAAAUUCCUCGAUGGACUUUCUCAACAGCUGAUUCGUCUGAACAGCUCCAUAUAUUUUGUGAUGCUUCUACGGCAGCCUAUGCAGCCGUGUCAUAUCUACGAGUGGUUCAGCCGAGUGGAGAUAUCAAAGUAUCAAUACUAAUGGCUAAAACAAAGGUAGCACCGUUAAAAAUGCGUACCAUACCUCAGUUGGAAUUGAAUGGAGCAUUACUUGCUGCGACCCUAUCCGCGAGAAUCCUGGAUGAUAUUCAACGAAAGGUUACGCAAACGUUUUACUGGUGUGACUCCAAAACGGUGCUUAGUUGGAUUCGGUCCGACCCCGGUCAGCAUAAGCAAUACAUCGCUAAUCGAUUAAUAAGGAUUCAGCAGCUAACUGACGCCAAGGCUUGGAGCUACGUUCCCACUUCCUCAAACCCGGCUGAUGUUGCUUCUCGCGGCAUCUAUCCAGCUGAACUCGAAAAACUUAGUAUUUGGUGGAUGGGACCGUCCUGGCUACAGCCUGCGCCUAUCAGUAACUGCUUCCCGUAUAUGAACAUUUGUUGCUGA